CAGAGGGUAGGUGGGAGGUAAGAAUAUACGAUGACAGGUGCCAUCAGACAACAUAUAUAGAGAUGAGAAGGUCGCAUCAAGAAAUGACAAAGUUGUCUCUCGCCAUCAUUGCAACUUCAGUCCCCUCGUUCAAACAAGACUUUCCACUAGACUUUAGUCCAGAAUAGUCGAUACAAUCAUUUUCCAAGAUGAAGUUUUUCUCAGGUGCAUCACUUGUCGGCCUUCUCGCCACUGGCCUUGCGGACGCGAUAGGAACCAAAGCACCAUUUACUAUCACCAAGUUCAACGCAGGGGCUACUCCGCACUCAUCGGUCGGAUACGUCGAACUCACCUGGUCGUACUCGAAUGGGCUAAAUUCGACAACGUGCUCGGCAAGGCCAGGAACAUACCAAGUCUUCCCUUCAGUUGAGAAGACGGUUUGCAGCGACCCGUUUACAUCUUUCAAUUUAACCAAGCGCUCUGACGGUGGAGCGGACCUAGAGCUUUGGUAUCAGGAGGCGUAUGCCAUCCACACCAUCUCGGCGGAUCAGAUCGUGUGGACGAACCAACAGUCGCCAACCGGGACAGUGCAAGUCUACGCAGGCCCGCAGAACUUCACCGUCAAGGCAAAUUAUCCAGAGACCUAGGUGGUAUGGGUCCUGAGGGUGCUAUUCACAUUCUAUGCAUUGAGCAUUAUAGCAGUAAUAAUGAGAUAACAUUC